AUGAGCCUGUUGAACAUCAGAGAGUUUUCUGAUUGCAGAGCGUUUCGCUGUUGGCAAAUCUUCCCUGGUUUGCGUGCAGUGACUCGGCUCAAGCCGGGCCUUGUUCCCGACCUUACGACGCACCGACCUUACCUUGUCCAUGAGCAAAAUCUGAUGCCGCACGGGGGACCCAGGGGUGUUCCAUGUGGACCCCGUGGACCCCAAGGACCUGCUCUCUGGCUUUGGCUCUUGAUGCGUUUGGUGACUCUCUCUGACUCCGCUUGCGAGGACACGACAGCGACAGCAGUGAGUUCCUCGAUGCUUCAAAGGCAUUUCGAGAGCACGGAUGCGGCCCACCAUUUCGAGAACGCAGGGAGAAAUUUUGGAGGUCUAAAUCAGUCCUUUGAGAAAGAGCUGAAGGAGCUCUAUUUGCAGCAAGUAGAAUUGGAGAGGUCAUUCAGUCAUCAAGAUCCAACUGCCACUGGCCGCCAGACUGGCACCGAACCCCCCGACAGCAUCUCUGACAGUGUGAAGGCAGCUGGAGAAGGCACUGCUGAUGCCAUAGGAAACAUCAGCCAAGGCACUGUCGAUGCCAUAGGAAAUCUCACAAAUCUGGCUGAAGAAACAAAGGCAGAGGUAGAGUAUUUUCUGGCUAAUCACACUCCUGGCAAGAUGCUGGUCUAUUGGUUUGGGCCAUUUGCAGGCUGGGCAUGUGCAGACUCCGCAUUUUCAACACAGCAGGUCUGUGGAUACUUUGGUGGCUGGUUGAACUACGAAACUUUUGUCCUUUUGCUCUUCAUACCUGUUGCAGUACUCGUCAUCUAUAUCUAUUUCAUCCUGGACUUCGUAUUGAUCGAUACCACAGAUCCAGCCUUUGACGAUGAGGAAUUUCGGAGGCAACAUGGUUGGAGCCUUGCGCAGCAUCAAUGGGAGCUGAAAUAUAUACUUGGUUCUUUUGCACUUCCUUUGGAGCUGGUGAUUUUGUGGCAAUUGGGGCUUCUUCAAAUUCUCCUACAAGCACUGGCGCCAUACCUUGUAGCCGCACUGAUCAUUUGCACUGGCCUUGCACCUAUCAUCGUUACCACAUACAUUCAAGUGUCGAGGAGACUUCAUUCUUUAUGUCAGCGAUUUGCAGCAGUAGAACACAUGCUGGAAUCGCUCACAAAGCACAUCAUGGGUGAUAUCGAAGCCAUAAAGGAUACACUUCGCGCAGGCUUUAGCACCCCGCGCUUGGCCAAUGACAGUGCCAGCUCGGCUCCCCAUGAACCUAAAGGUGAAGCCAAAGUUCCACGCCCUGGAACCAGCACUGUCACACAGCCACAUUGGACUGAAAAUCGACACAUCAUCCUGGACAAAUGGAAACACCGCGCUUGUUGCAAAAGUAUCACCACAGUGACUCAGCGCAAUGUGCUCCUUGCCUGGCUGCAUGUGACCAGAUUUCAGGCUCUCAAGAAUAGCGUUGGUAGUAUUGCAACACCUGUUGAGGAACUUGCCAUCCUCAGUGCUUUUGUGAAAAAGAUCUGGGCAGGCCCCAGCCAAAUUAUGGCGCCACCAACUGCCUUGGUUGACAUGCCGUUUGCUGAAUGGGAGUUGCUGAAGGCCCUUCAGAGCAUCCCGGCGACCAAAGCUGUUGCACGACCAUUCAUUGCAGGUUUUGUUUGGAAAUCCCAGGCUGCUCUGAUUACGCCCUUUUUGUAUCGUGCACUUUGCACUUGGUGGAGCACUGCAGAGGUUUUUAUACCCCAGAUUUGGAAAGAUGCAUGGCUAUUGCUCAUCCCGAAACCGGGGAAGGCACCGGUUUUGCCGGAGUCUUUAAGACCCUUAGCCCUCCAGGAACCCAUCGGCAAGGCAGUCAUAGGAUGUAAGGCGGCACCAUGGUUGUUCAAUGCGUUUCUAGCUCUCUACAUGAGGGAUGUUGCUGCACAUAUCGACUUCACUUGGCUCCAAGAUCACCUUGACUUCUUUGCCGACGAUCUGCAUGUUGGUAGUGUUUUUUAUACCGAACAUGAACUGAAGAUGAUUUUGCACAAGUUUGGCAUCAUCCUUGAACAGCUACAACAGCAUGGCCUCACGAUCAAUGCUUCCAAAUCGGUUAUAUUGCUGGCUAUGGCUGGCACUUCCCACCGUGAAGUGCGUGCACGGACUGUGACCCAAACUGCUGAUGGCCAAUUUGUAAAAAUUCAGGGCAGCAGCCAGCGGACCUUCAUGAUCCCACUUGGCAAGAAGACUAAAUACCUUGGAUGUAUCAUCAGUUAUGACCGCAUGGAAUCUGACACUCUAAAGCAUCGCUUGUCUCUCAUGAAAGUUGCUUUUGACCGACUUCGGAAGUGGCUCACAGCAAAACAUGGCUUGACUUUGUCCACUAGGAUGCGAUUGUGGCAUACGUGUGUUGUCCCAGUUUUGACCUAUGGAAUUUUUGUCAUCGGCCUGACACCUGCUGACCUGCACAAGGUUCAAGUUACCAUGUUCACCAUGAUUAGGCAGAUUUUGCAUAAUCACUCAUAUCGCACUGGUAUGACCCAUGCAGCGGUUUUGAGCCACUGGAACAUUUUGCACCCGCUAGCCUUGCUCUGGCACGCUGCUGACUCCCUGUAUCAGUCAGUGACCCAGUGCCAGAUCUCCUUGCCUGCGGACGAUGUUGGCCGCACAUUAGAUUGGAGCAGUCUUGCAACCAUCAGAGACAUGCUCUGGAACCACUAUCUUGCAGGUGUGGAAGUGCCGCUUUCGACCCAUUUGACUUCCUCUCAGGCAGAUGAUGAUGUGAUCACUUGUGAAAUUUGUGGCUUUUUGUGUCAACAUAUCAGCGUCUUGCGGAGACAUUACACCCAGGUCCUGCACAGAUACCUGCCGCCAGACCCGUCUGUGACUGGACUUGCCUCUGAUCGGCACUUUGCUGACACCAUGUCCAACCCUGAUGCAGCUUUGCGCAGUGAAAACAUGCUCACUGACCAUGAUAUGGCUCUCCUGCGAAGUCUGGAGUUUGGGCCACGUUUGCAGACCCUUCUGCAGAACCGACAGUGGACACAGAUCAUGAAAGAUCGGGCUGCAUGUCAAUACAUGGCCCACAAGUGCAUCCUUUGUGGCCAAUUUGUUGGUAGAGCCCAUGCCAUGCAUUUACACAUGAGGACUGCACACCCGAUGGAUCAUGAUGCCAUUCACACCAAGGCCACCCAGCUCACGAACAUGCACUGUGAUGAAACACCUUGCACAGCUUGUGGGGUGACCUUUGUCUACAAUCAUGUUUGCAACGUCUGGUAUCAGAUUUCAGUUUUGCUUGUGCAUGGAGCAGGACACUUUGCACCGAGUGACUCACCUCAAUGCGCUGACAGAUUGACUUGUGCCAUUUGUGACCUACGAUGCAGUGAUGCCAACUCGCUUCACCUGCACUUGAUUGAUGUGCACAAGCUUGUGAGUUCCACGUGGAAUGCAAGUCGAGACAGCAUAGCCGGUGAGCCGGCUUGCAGCCAUUGUCACAGUUUGUUUGAGACCAUGGAAGGCCUUCGGUCUCACAUCAAUCAAGGCCGAUGCCGGGCCUUCAAUCCAGACGCGCCAACAGAAUCCAGACCAGUUGCCACUGAGUGGAUUGAAGCAUGCUGUCGAGGCAAGAUGAGACAGACCCUGCGUGAUGCUCGAAUGCGGCAACGCCUGACCUUGCAUUGUCAAGGCUGCACCAGAACCUACACGCGCUCCAGUGAUCUGUCACAACAUCUACAGGUUGCUCAUUCCAGAUUGUGGGCUGAUGCAAAAGCUCUCACAAUGCAGAUGGUUGAGCUCUAUUACAAUUGCCUGGGUUGCGUAUGCAAUCCGUCCUGUGCUGUGUCUCGACUGAAUCACACAUGUCUUCCGUUCACCCAGCUUGCCAUGCAAUUUCUACGAGUCCCUGAAGCUGUGUUCCAGCCUUGUGAAGUUCUUGAGACAGAUUUGGCACGUUUGUUUCCAAAAGGAUUUUCUUCGGCAUUGCGCUUCAAGCUUGAACAGUGUUUGAUCAACCAUGAUUUGCGCCCGAUUUGGCAUGAGGCAGAAUUGAUGCAAGCCCUGAGCCAUCAGUGCCUGCUCUGUGGAUGCAUCUGUCCUACUGCAGAACUGGCCCUACACAUGUUUGAGAUGGACAACGAAGAUGCCUCCAGCCAGGUGUUCCAGGCUUUUCGCAGCCUGGCUCCAUUCCUGGACGGCACCCUGAAGCUGACUCCCAAUCCGGGGGCAACCAAGCGACAGAAAGUCCACCCGAUGUCAAAGGACAAACCGGCCGUCAAGGAGGAGACAGACAGCCAAGUGAAUCCUGCCAUGCAGAUGAUGGCAAGAAUGAUCAUCAAUCUGGACAGGGACCAGCAGAUGCAGAAAAGGGAAGACACAUUCAUCUUCUUCUUCAACAAGGUGGAGGAGACCGGCUCUCUGCCUCUGCUCCAAAGAACAGCGGCACAAUGGCACACACAGGUUUCUCAGGCGGGAUCAUUGUCAUCGACGACACCACUGAGACAAUUGCUGCUGCAGACGCUGUUCCAGGAUCUCAUGGAUCGCAUACAGAAGCUUCUGGAUGCACCGGAGGGGUCCGACCUGAAGAAGAAGGCGAUGGAAGCCUUAAUCUUGUUGCCAGAUCAGACUUUCCCCUACUUGGAGUGGAAUCCGGCCAAGAAGACCCUGCAGGUGUCCAAAAAGACACCACUCAGUCUCAACAAAAUGCAUCAGAACUGCACGGAGAUGCUGGACAUGCUGAGCAAUCCGUCGGUCAUCCAACGGUUCCACGCACUCCCGACAAAGGAAACCAGCAAUGUGGCUCCGUGGAGACUCCAGCUUUGUCUCCGAGCAGACCGACCAUGGGAGCUCAUGCAAGCCCUGGCUCAUUCAAGCGUGUGGACAUUGAUGGCUACGAGUCUGAAACCCCACAGCAGGAUGCAAUCACCCUUGGCGCUGCAGUUGGAACAAAUGAUGGGACUCAAACAGGACAAUCAGAAAGGCAAGGGGAAGGGCAAAGGCCAUCGCCCCAAACCUCAGAAGACCAAGACCGAGGGCACCUUGCAAACUCAAGCAGGCAAUCUUUCUCAAGAAUCCUUUUUCACUGAAGUGCUACAAUGCUGGGGACCCGCAGAUUUGGCUGCGACCAAUGCUAGCAUCUCACAACAAGAUGCAGCGGAGUUUAUCCAGCACUGGCUGCAACUGCUUGAUUCAGCGGUGUUUGACAUGCGCUGGGAGAGGCGCUUGAAAACAGAUGAGACUGUGCGCGUCAUGGAUUUCAGCACCAAAUAUACACCCAUUUGCUUCAAGUUUGACAUGCAGACCUUGCUUUUGCAUUCAUGUGAUUUGACAGCUCUUGGCAUGAUUUGGCAUCAGGUUGAUGGGAUGGUUACGAGCUUGGUCUCCGCCUCUGACUGCGUUUGUGUUCAUUUGGAUCGAUGUGUGCAAGGACCAGCAGGCAUUUACAAAUGCACCAGCCAAUUGCAGCAUGACAUGGAAGUCUUGCUCCCCAUUUUCACUGACAAUAUGACUGAUUUUGAUCAUGUUGGAUACACCAUAGUGGCGAUGAUGGCGCAUCAAGGCAGUGAUGGCGCAGGACAUUAUCGCACUACCCUACGGGUCUCUCCACAUGUCAGGGAUCACACAGAGGCCAUUUGUUGGCUGUUGGUGGAUGACUGGCGCAGCCCUGAGCCCAUUUGGAACUUACCAACUUGGUUCAUUGGCAGCACAACAGUGGCAUGGAUGGUCCGAACUGAUGUGCUCCAUCUGCAUGCCUAUCGCCGCACAGCCUUGGAGGAAACACAGAAGGCACUCUGGGACAUGCUGGCAGGGACCAAGACAUCCGAAGCAACCUGCGGAGUGGCACGCAGCUGCGCCAUUCGUUGCGAGGUUCACGCAGCGCCGAACAGCGGCAUGGAGCUUCAUCUGAUCGCUCUUUGUGCAGCUUUUGAAUGCUGUUUGUUGGCGUUUUUGGAAAAGAGCACCAAGACACUUUCCAACUUCCACGCCAGGAAGAUUUGCCAUGCAGGUACAGGUCUGAUGCUCUUACAGCUUGAUUCCAGAGACGAGACAGUUCGGUACUUUGUCUAUGCCAUUGCUGUGGUAUCCUUGGCAUUGACCUGGGAGAUCCAUCCCAAGUUGGAGCCCUUUCGUUUUGGAAAGUCUCGAGAUAUUGGGAUGACUGUGUACCUCCUUACCGCAGUUGCUUGGUUUGCUCUCCAGCUUCCAAUACACGUUUUGGCUCCCAUGUUUUUCGCCGAUCCUAUGGGAGCAGUGGUAGGGAAGUAUUUGAGUUCCAUGAAAGACAAGGGCAUCGUCAACCCUGUUUGGUGGAACCGAGGGGGUGUUACAAAAACAGUUGGUGGCAGCGCUGCCGUCCUCACCUUUACAGUCAUUACCUUUGCUGGCCCUGCUUCUCUGUGGCAACGCUUGCUAGUGGGUGUUGUCGCCAUGCUCGCGGAGGCCAUUGGAGGCGCCUAUGACAACCUCUUACUGGUGAUCGUAGUUGUUGGCUUCAGGAUGAUCUUCAACUUCAUGGAGUGUGGCAACCCGUCCUUGGAGCACCACAGACCCCCUCUGGUGCACGGUGGAGCUGCAGAGGCAUUUGUGGCCAUCCACUUCUGAUAGGUGUCAUGGGCACUAUUUCUUGAAGGACUAACAAUCAGCUUUAAGCUGCGUACAACUUGACCAU